UAGCAGACUGUGACAGUGCGGAGGGAGAGCGCGCGGAGUCAGUACUUCAGUACUUCAGAGUUCAGAGCGGGGUUCAGAGUCGGCUCACUUUAGUACGGGAUGAACAGCUUCACAGAUUAAGCAGUUAAAUAUCAGCGGAGGAGUCGAUUCACGGGAGUGUAUAUCUGAUCCAGCUGCGUGUGGAUAUGUUUCAGCAGGGAAGCUCGUUUACGGUACUUAUUUAGAGGCUGGGGGGAGAAAUGAAGUUCUCAGUGAUCUGAAGUAUCUGGAGAUGGAUCCCAAACACGAUAUGAAGUGUAAAAUGGUUGUGGUGGGCGACAGCCAGUGCGGGAAAACCUGUCUGCUGAGCGUCUUCGCCAAGGACUCGUUUCCAGAGGGUUAUGUUCCCACGGUGUUUGAGAACUACACAGCCAGCUUCGAGAUAGACUCUCUGAGAGUGGAGCUCAGUCUCUGGGACACUUCAGGUUCCCCUUAUUACGACAAUGUGCGGCCGCUGUCCUACCCUGAUGCAGAUGCGGUUCUCAUCUGCUUCGACAUCAGCCGACCAGAGACCCUGGACAACGUGCUUCGUAAGUGGAAAGGAGAGAUUGAAGAAUUCUGCCCUAACACUAAAAUGCUCCUGGUGGGUUGCAAGUCAGACUUGCGCACAGACCUGGCUACCUUUGUGCAACUUUCCAACGAGAUGCCACUGUCCUAUGAUCAGGGAUCAAACAUGGCCAAGCAACUGUCAGCUCCCUACAUCGAGUGUUCUUCUCUACAGUCAGAAAACAGCGUGAGGGACAUUUUUCACGUAGCUACGCUGGCCUGCGUCAACAAGAACAACAAGAACGUCAAACGCCACAAGUCCUCCAGAGCCACCAAGAGAUCCUCCCACAUGCCCAGCAGACCUGAGCUAGACUCCAUGUCCUGCCUGAACAAGACCAAGGCCAAAACCUGCUCUGUCAUGUGAGUGGAAUAACCGAGAAAUAUAAAACAGACUCUCAGGAGAUGUUACUUCCACAUGGAUUCAUUUCCCAUUGGGAUUUGUCCAAGAAAAAACACAUCCAUUAGAAAGUUAAUGGAACAUGAACUGGGAGAUAAUAUUUGCACUUUAUAAAAGUUUUCAUGGACUCCUCUCCAGCUGUAAGAUGGUUUCACCAUAUGCAGCUAUUUUUGAGAGCUUCACUGCACUGAGGCUGAAACAGGCGAGACGUGAAUUAAUGAUGAUGAAGCUUUCAUUGAUGUUCCACAGCCUUACUUCCCUUUUUAAUAUAUGCAGCCUAGAACUGAUGGAGUCGAACAUUAGGCCUGCUGUGGCCAUCGAGGAAAUUUCAGAACUCUGUGUUGUUAAUCUUUAAAUUCCUACAGCAGGCGCACAAAAUGUGAAGACAAGACUGGAAGCUAGGAGCUCUUCUUCUUAUUUCCAGGAUAUUUCCUCCUUUUGGAUUGAGUCUUGAGACAGUCACCCAGUUUGUGGAUAUACAGUAACUAACACACCUUCAUAAAUCUACCACUCGUGUCUGAAUGGUCUGUUACACUAACCUCAAAUGUGAUCCUUGACCAAAGUGAAGCUUGAUGUGCUGUGGUUCGUCCAGAAACCAAACCCACUGCAAAUACGUAUGGAGAAUUUUUGGUGCCAAGUUUUGUAAAUGAAACAUGAAGCAAUAAAUGAAGUUUAAAUGUU